AUGGCAGGGAAGAUUGCACCAUGCUUUGUGUUGUUAGUUUCGGUCAUUGUCUGUGUAUUUGUGGGAAGUGCAUGGGAACAAAGUGCUAGUGUGAGAUCCACAUACCACCUCUACAAUCCUGACCAAAUCAAUUACGAUUUACGUGCCUUCUGCUCAACAUGGGAUGCUGAUCAAUCCUAUGAAUGGCGCAGCAAAUACAGAUGGACUGCAUUUUGCGGACCUGUUGGCUGCCUCUUGGUGACAAACACUGGGACAGGAGCACAAACAGUGGUGAGAAUUAUUGAUCAAUGCAGCAACGGAGGGCUAGACUUGGGUGUGAGUAUGUUUAACCAGAUUGACACCGACGGCAGUGGCUACGCAUCCGGCCAGCUUAUCGUCAACUACGACUUUGUGCGGCGACUAAAUUUAGCCUGCUAUAAGCCCCGGAUUAAUUCAGUAACUUAG